GCGUAUCUUUACGUUAUUAACUGUGUGGUAGUCAAAUUUCCAGGUUUCCAUCUGUUAUUGUGACUACUGCUAUGUCCAACUCCGCUGCUGAUGGCAUCGAACGCAAACCUGGAACUUUAUCCAAAACUUCAGUCUCAGGUGCUGGCGCCGUGGAUGAGGAUGUAUUUCGACAGUCCUUUAUACCGUCCAUGUCAAUCACUGCAUCUUCUCCCAAAGAACUUACGGAGAUCAUAAAUCGUAUAAAAGAUGCACUUUCUGGGAAUCCUGAAGAAUGGGAAAAACGUGUAGAUGCGUUAAAAACAUUACGUGCUAUAGUUGCCAAUGGUGCUCUGCAAUAUGAUGAAUUUAUUCCCUUAUUAAAAACUUUGGAAAAUUCCAUAGAUCUUUCCCUGCGUGAUUUAAGGUCUUCAGUUGUACGAGAAGCAUGUAUAACAGUCGCCUUUUUAUCUCAAGAAAUUCGUAAUCGUUUUGAUCGUUUCGCUGAGAGUGUUUUACAAACAAUUAUUGCGUUAUUAUCUAAUAGCGCUAAAGUUAUGGCAACCAGUGGAGUGGUUGCGAUGCGAUUUAUUUUAGAGAAUACAUGUUCUUCUCGUCUUCUCCCCAUUCUCAUUUCUUCAUUAUCAUCCAAGUCUAAUGUUACCAGAAAAUGCAUUUGUGAAUUCUUAGAAAUCAUUUUCCGAACCUGGCCAUUAAAUAUUCUUGAAAAAAAUCUCUCUGUAUUGCAAGAUGCACUAAGGCGAGGUAUUUCAGAUGCAGAUCAGGAAGCUCGAUUAUUUACUAGACGUUCAUUCCCAUUAUUUGUUGCUAAAUUUCCUGAGCAAGCGAAUUUAUUUUUACAAAAUCUUGAUCCUCAAAAACGUAAACUAAUUGAAAAAGAUUUGAUCGCUGCAGGAUUAUCAGAAGGGUUUGGUGCCGGUGAUACUGCGACAACUGGAUCAUCUCGGAGUCAACCUGGUAGUCAGUCAAAUUUAACUUACCAAAGUACCAGACGACCAACUCGACCUGUAUUAGGCACCAGCUCAUUAGCCAAUAAUACAAAUCGCAGUCGUCCACCAUUAACUAGUCAGAAUGAGUAUAAUACCGUUGGUCGUUCUUUCCGUCAAGGAUCAAUUGCUUCAAAUUACGACGGUCGUCCACGUCAAAUUGGGAGAAAACUUGUGUCACAGUCACAGCCUACAAGUCGUGAAGUUUCACCAUCACGUCUAGCCUAUUUCACUGCCUAUGGUACUACUGCAUCUAAUAAUAAUGAUGGACAAAAAUUACAAUUCAAUACAACUAAUACUAAUCGUAAUGGUACAAUAGGAUUUGUAGAUAAUAAUAAUAAUACUACAGAUCGUACUACACGUUUAAUAAUGAAUUCACGUGUUCCACGUAGUCAAGGCGCUAGUCGAGAAACAUCACCGACAAGAUCUACUGCAAGCGGUUAUACUAUGCCUUCAUAUCAGCAUAAUAAUAAUUUUCAAUUAACUGGUACAAAUCAAAUUGGACAGAUGAAUUAUCGGAGACAACAACAGCAAAGACCAUCUCUUGGUACUUUAAGUGAUUGCGCUGACCUCGGCGAUGGACCUUUAUAUGGUCGACAUUACUCAACUGGAAACAGUCGUGGUCCAUAUGGCUCAGAUGAUAACUUCAGUGAAACAUCAUCACAGUGUUCUGAACGUUCAGGUCGUUCAGUACCCGGGUACAGGCGCCAGUCCUCAAGUAAAGUGACUAGUAAUUUAAAAGAAAUCAUUUCUCAACUUCAAGCUGUUCAAUGGUCUGACAGAAAAGACGGCUUAACAAAUUUACAGAAUUAUAUGCGUUCCGGUUAUCCGUUAAAUCCUGAAGAUAUUCACUGCUUAACUGAAAUAUUUUCUAAAAUGUUUGCGGAUUCUCAAAGUAAAGUUGUUAGUUUAUUUAUGGAUACAUUACAAUUCUUUAUUAAAGAAUAUAAUCCAUUACUUCGUGAUUGGCUUUACACUCUACUAAUACGUUUGUUGUAUCGUCAAAGUCACGAGGCUUUGAGCAGUCAUCAGAAAGCAAUACAAGAAACACUUUUUGUUCUCAGAUCUCACUUUCCUUUGAAUUCGCAAUUCAGUAGUUGCUGUCAUUUUAUUAUGGAUAAUGCACAUACACCAAAUUUUCGUGUUAAAACUUGUCUAUUAGAAUAUAUGAAAGAUCUAAUUUUAAUGAUGAGUCCAGAUUUGAUUGCUAAUCCAUCAAAUGAAGUUAUUAAUGCAAUUGGAAAAAUUAUCAGUUGGUCUGCUGAACCAAAAUCAGCCGAUGUUCGACGAAUGGCUUCCCGUGUUGUUAUCAAAUUGUUCGAUUUGAAUUCCACAAGUUUCUCUAACUUAUUACAAUCACUGCCUCGUGGAGUACAAGAUCGUGCACAUGAAGUAUUAAAAACCUAUCAAAAGACUGCUACAGGUGGUGGUCUAAUCAAUUUAACCGACACUAAUCACAAUUCUCCUUCAUGGAAAUCAUCAUCUGCUGAUCAAGAUCAUAUGAUUUUUUCACCACCAAGCAGUGGACGAUAUGGAUCAAUCUCUGGACCAUAUUAUUCUUCACAGCGUUCUCAUAACUCUACUGGCAGUGACAGUGGUCGAGUAAGCCCUGAAAGUAUGAAUCGUAUUAUUCGUGAAACAACCGAUGGCCUUCAAUCACUUUCAGUUGGUGCGAGUGGGGGUGGUAUUCCAACGUCAGCGAUAACAAGUCCAACACGCAGAGUAUCUGCUGAUCCCAGCUUUACAACUAACGAUUAUACAUAUGCUACAAAUGGUAAUACAGGUGUAUUACGUACUGUUCAACCAAAUAAUUUUCUUAAUUCACAACCAACAUCAUUACAGCCACCUAAUAUUAUUCCAUCUAAUGUAAAUCAAUGUUAUGCUUCCUCACAAGGUACUACUGCUUCUAAUGACCCAACACUGCAGUCUACAUAUGGGUUACGUACAAAUAAAGCUCUUUUAAAUACACUUAUCAAUUAUGAUCCUGGUGAUGAAAUGCCCCCAGAAGAUAUCAUGUCUGAAAUACUCCAGGAAUUAUCGAAUCACAAUGAACGGUAAGAUAGAUUAAGAUUUUCUUGUAGAUUUUUCCUCUCCUUUUCAGUCCACAAAUAUGUUUUUUUAAAUAUGUUGUUUGUGAUUUUGAUUUGUGUAUUAGUGUUGUUUUUCUCGAAACUUAUCAUGAACACAUCCAUUCUGUUUAAGAUGCACUAUACUGUGACGAUAAUGCAACCAAUUUUGAUAGCUGUGUAUUGACUAUCUUCAACUGGCCCAAUAUCAAAUUGAGAACUUCUCAAUACAAAUGCAAUUUAACUAACCAUAUUUUAACUGUUUUUUGCUUUUUAUUCGAUCAGUUUUCUGUCUUGAUUUGUUGAUAGACAUUAUAGUAUGGAAAUUCAUCCUUUACUCAUGCCCUGGAUAAUUUUGUUUGGGAUAAUAUUUUUUCUUUCCAUUUUCAAAACUAUCUUUCUUGUUCUCUUUUUCUUGACUGUCCUCUUAUAUUGAUUGUGCCUGUCCAUGUGUUCAUCGAGCGUGAAACUGACUUACCUGUGUUCGCCCAUCUAGUGAAUUUCCCUCAAUUCUGAGUUGUUGUUAACUAUUAACAUUUACUUGUUUCAUUGGUUUGCCUAGUUUUUUUUUAAAGAUUUCUUCAUAUUCUGCUAACAGAUAUUGGUCGAGUAUUAGGCAAUACGUUUUAUUUUCAAAAAUGUACCCGAUAAUUGUUUGUUGCAACUGACAGUGUACAACCACUGAGUAAGCUUUGAUACAUAUCAAUUUAAUAAUUGCGUUGUCACAAACUUUAUCCUUCCUAAUGCACUGAGCAAGCUGUGGACCAACUCCAUUUCGCCUUUUUACCAGUAGGUAGUACAGUGGAGCAUGUAGAUGAUGGAGUUCAGAAAGAAAAUAUCCGUAAUGACUAAUUGUUCCUAAGAAAGAUCGUAAAGUAAAAAUAUCCGUUGUUCUGGGCAACUUCCAUAUUCUCUGAAUCUGGUCGUUGUCUAUCUCUAUCUAUUAUGAAACCGAGUUUGCGUACCUGGUGCAUAUAAAACCAUAUUGGCCUAUGCGUGAUAGCCUGAUCAGGUCUUCUUUGUAUAUCCAUUAUGUUUUCUUCCAUGAUUAUGAUGUCAUACAUAUGAGCUACUGUUCCUGGAAUACCCUGUAAUAUGGCAUCCACAAAUUGACUCUAAAGGGCUUCCAUGAUUCUUAUUUGAGACUGAAACACUGCAUGUAGACUUCUAAUUGUUCGAAAGAAACUUCCACAGUAGAUUUUUUCAUCGCUAUUGAUGAGUGUUCUAACUGAACGCUUGAAUUGGUUUCCUAAUCUCUUCUAAUAUCCCCAGGCUAAAUCUACACGACAACUUGAACACGAGAGAAAAGCCACGAAGUCUGAAAACAUUACUUUACUCUUAGGUUAGUUAAUGUAGACAAAAAUGAGGGUGUCUAUACUAUUUCACAUGACCUUGUGAGGAUAGUGUCACUCACUAACUCCUAGAUUCACAAUGUCUUUGGACCUAUUAAACAAAUCCGUAUCUGGUAUACAAGUUAACGAUUGGUUAACGUUUUCAACUAUUUCCCAUAUUUAUUUUUUACCGUUUUUAUUUUUUUUUUAAAUCUUUAAAUCUCAUCAUUUGUAUAUUUUCGCAUUGAAAAAGUGAUUUACCUAUUCGGGUUUCUCUUUUUUUAGUACAUGAGUAUACCAAAACUAGUUAAUUGGUUACUUAAAGAAUUUAUCAUUUAUAUAAUUUUCUCAGUUUAUAUUUAUCUUCUUCAAGUGUUUGAAUACAGCCAUUUAGAUUAUUCUUUUUGUCUUAUGAAUCAGUGUUAAUUAGCAAGCUACAACUAUUGUGUAAUAAUAGUCGAUUGUAAACAACAGAUCACAUGAUAUUUCUCCCUUUUUCUAAUUAGUGUUCAACGUCUUUUAUGGGCUAGUUUACUUAUUCUCACUUUCUCUCUUUUCCACAUAAAUGACAUCGUUAAUUGUCUUCUUUGUCGUUUUAUCCUAAAUUGGUUAUUGUUUACAUUAAGUACAAAAAGUGACAAAUUGAUUUCCUUUCCCUUUAAUUGAGAAAAAAUCAGAACGUUAUCUUUAUGUUUGUCAAUUAAUUUGCUCUGAAUAGUUUUUCUCUCUUCUGAUUACCUAAUUGAUUUCUCGUUACGCCCCCUUUUCUUCGUCGUCUUUGAUUUUCUAAAAAAAAAACAGUAUUGAUUUCAUAUAUUUGCAUACUUGUUUUUUUCCAAUAAUUAUGUUUGAUAUUCAGUAGAGAAAAAGUUCUAUGUAGUGCUUCCCAAUCUAUACUCCAUUCAAUAUGUAUUAACAGAGACCAUUCAUUUUAUUUUGUGAUUAGUAAAACAAAUUUAUUGCUUCUAACUUAUUUCUCUGACUAGUAGUAUUUGUGUGACUGAUAAGUUGUUUUUUCCUGACUUUAGGCGUAUCCCCAAAACAUUUAGUAAUUUCACUUGCAACCAUCAUACAAUCUUACAUUCUAUGCUGGAAUUUAUGUCGCUGUCAAGGAAGGUUCCACUUUAAGAAACCUAAACAAUCUCAUACUAGAAGGUUUCUUCGAUUCAAUUAUAAAUACAUGUUCAGCAAAUGAGAACAAAUUCCAUAUAAACUUUUUCCCCAUCUCCUCAAUAGUUUUUUUUAUUAAAAAAAUCAUGUAAUUAAGAAACUUAUUCUCUUUAGUGCCAAUUUCUUUCGUAAGCUUAAAUUUCGUAAAUGGAAUACCUUUUUUUUUACAAUAAUGUGUUGUAACGGGUAGAUUGCAGGUUAGAUGCGCAGCGUUUUAUUGAUCGAUUCAGUGACACGUAAACACGAAAUGAACAACCUAGAGUCCCGAUUGGCCCUGCUCCGCUGUCUAGCCCAGCCAGUUGAGUCCAGAACGCAAGUCUUAGCCUCUGAGAUAUGAAUCGUUAUAUUUCAAACAUACUCUGUUUAUAUACCAACCAAACAGACCACAUCGUACCAUAAAAAUAGAAAGCAACAUAUGUACAAUAUUUAACGAGUGAAAUAAAUAAUGGCCAAUAGGGAAUGUUCAUUUAAAGUCCAAGGACAUCAUUAGACUUAACAUGAUAAUGAUUGGUAUAUUCCUCUGCAUCCCUAACAAAUAUCAUAUGCUUCAAACUAUAGGUUUAUUGUUCAAUUGUAUAAUCUGGAAAAAUUGAAGAGAAAAAAAAACAUUAGACAAAACUUUUUUUCGUAGAAUUUUCUAUUUAUAACAAACAUACACAUGAUUUUCCAAUUUCUAUCAUUUAAUUAGUAAACAUUUCUAAUAAUACUUCUCAUCACUAAUCGGAUCGUAAACCACUAUUAAUAAUGAUCAUAAACUUAGACACUUUUGCAUACUUGUGUAUUAUAUACAUAUAUACAUGUUAAAGAGGUGAUUUAUCAUAGCCUAAUUUGCUUCAACCAAUUUACUAUGAUCAGUAAAGUAUGCUACGAUUGUUUUUUUUUUAAAUUUUUAUUUGCAUGUCUAUACAUUGUUGAGUAGGCGGUUACUGUUAAUUUCAUUAUUUCAUCAUAAAUUAUUUCGAUUCAAUACAUACUUUUCCACAUGCACUCAUAAGUUUGCAUAACUUUUUCCCGUUAAUUUUUCCUAUAAAGUAAAUGAUAAACAAUAGAUUAUCAUCAUUAUUGUGUGUUUCUGUGAAUGUUUUGUAACAUUUAUUCAAUGAAUUAAUGAAAUCAAUUCCCAUCUAGAGAUAAUGUCACGUGAGUGCUGGUGUCACCAUUCUCUUUAGUUUCUCACGCUCCCGCCUCCUUUUAUUUUUUUAUUUUUUUGAUGUUUAUGAACACUUUUUGUUUCAUUACUAUCAACAUUUGUUUUUAAUUUGACUAGAAAAUGUAUUGAAUAUUGGGGUUGUUUAAUUUUGUUUAUUUUCGUUUUUUUUUUAAAGUAAAUUAUUCAUAACACUCUCACUUUUAAAAAGGACUGCUAACAAAAUUAUAUGUCACACAGUUUCUUCACAAUCCUUAAUAUCGAUUUGUGGCAAUCAUUUUGCUGAGAUUUGAUGUAAAAUAGAAUUUUACUUGACUUUAACGGCUAGGUUAAAAUGUCUAAAUGCAACAUAGUUCUCAGAAAAUUACCAGAAAAUCCUAGUCCGUUUUGUCCGAAAUGUACUUCUCUAAGACUUAGUGGCAGUGGCAGAAUAACUCAGUCCGUUACCGAUAGAAGCUGUGUACUCGAGAUUAGGUUCUUGAAAUAUACUUGUUAGCAUUAUAACCAAGAUGUCGUUGGCUAGUUGAGUUACUCUAUAUUGUAGUGGGUUAACUGUCAUUCAUUUCGAUAUCUUGACACCUAGAAUUACCCGUUUUUAUAAUGUAAGUAUAUAUGUUUCAGUGGCUGAAUGGUUGAUCGAUGUAACCUACUGUCUAAACAUUUCAUUCUUGUUUAUAGUUUUAGUGCUUUCUAUGUCUAUUCAAUCAUUGCUUACUACUUCAACAAAUUUUCAACAACCGUUUUUAUAGUUUUCUCAAUAUUCCCAUAGUGUAGACUUUGCAUUUUUCUUUUCACAUUAACGGAAAUUGUCUGUGUUUUGCUUUUGAACAAAAUGACAAAGUUUCAUUUGUUAUGCACUUUUCAAUUUUUCUGAUGCGUAUUGACUAAUUAGUUCGCAAACUUUAUAAUAUUUUUACUGUUAAUAUUUAAGUUUUAUUCUCGUUAUUGUUACUAUCAAUCUUCCUUUUGUACGGUUUCGAAGUAAGGUACUUAGUAAGUAUUGCAUACAAUCAUUGAGUGUUCGGAUUCAAAACUUAUUUUCAACUAGUAACAUUAAUCACUAUACAUAAAAUUAUUAGACUCGAUCACGUUAUACUUAAGAUACACGAUUCAACACAAAAUACCAGAAGUCUACACACAAUGAAACUCAGAGUAGAAAUCAACAGUAGAAAGGAAUUCACAGUCGUAAAUACUGUCUCAUAGAUUUAGCAAACCCUGUGUACCUGUUUAUUUUGCUGAUUGGCCAUUCACAUCAAUCUGGUGAAGAUCAAUGUGUUAAAUCUGUAUUUUAGUUACCAACCUACUCUUCUGAUGGAAUACAUAAAUUAAUGAAAUUAGAAAGAAUCAUUCAUCUGGGAUUUAUGUGCCAAGAGAAAAAUAGUCAUAAAUAAUUAAUAAUAAAAUAAAAAUAACUUUGGAAAUAGAUAUUGAUGACAUUAAAUAGACUCUAAAUCAAUACUGUUAUUCCUCUUUAAAACAGACACUAUUUAAAGUAGUCAAUAUUGAUUUGUUCUUUUUUUUCUCAAAUACAACUAAUUGUUUCGUGAACUGUACAAAUGUGAAUUGAAAAAUCAACAAAGAGCCCGGCAUAGAUAUGCGUUGAUCUGAAUUGCUAUACCUGAUUAACACGACGAGAUAAAAGUAGCAAAAGUGAUCGAAGUAACGUAGUAAUAGUGAUAAAAAGAAAGACUAAAUCCCGGGAAUAUGAUUUUAAAAGAUAGGUUGGGAAAGUGUAUAUGAAAAAAUACUGGAAUUCAAGAUCGGGGGAAAAAAAGAAGUGAAUGCCUUUAUUAUGAACUAUUCCGAGCUAUUUCACUCGAAGCUUCCAAUCACCGAUCGUGGUCCUUCGCCAACAAUUUCCAUCCACCUACCUGCAUGACUUAAACCUACAGUCAAGUGACUUCAUGGACUGAUGGCACAUUUUGCUUUGGUGCUACGCCUUUUAACUUUCUUUCAACUUACUCCAACAGUAGAUAUAUGUCGUCGAGUUAAGCGAUAGUUAGGCAUAUGUAACAGUACAAAUACUUUGACAGUCGAUAAUGAUUGAUCCUGAAUUUUCCUAUAUGAGAAGCCCAUAUUUUCAUACACAACUAAAACCAACCAGUCAUUUAAUUCAUGUAUUGAUGCUGCAUACUCGGUUCUGCACAAGUCUUUCUUGUUUUUGAUUUCCCAUCAUGUUUGCUGAAGUAGUAAUAAUUCUUUGUUAUUCCGUAUAUUAUUCGAAGAGCUUUCCUUGACUAUCAAAUUAUUUUCCAUACUUUGAUGAGGUUAUGUAAGCGAGGAAAAUAUCUUCCAACGUUUGCUUUUUCUUGAAUCUUGUCCCCUUUCUCUGUUAUUUUUUAAACUACUUUAUAAUUCGUGUAUUUUUUUACAUUCACACCCUCCUGGUAUAUGGAUCAGUUUAUUCAUUCCCGUAGUUUGUUUAGGAUAUCAAACACGAGUCCUGAAUAGUCCUUUUCAAACCACACUAGUUAUAUGAGCAUUCGGUUAGUUAGAAUGUCAUUCCAUAUGCAAUGUAGAAAUGGGUACAUAUGUGCAUUAUGUGAAGUUACCAUACCAUAUGCACAUAUCAAAAUAAAAUCUUUAAGACGAUCUCAGAGCAGUAGAACUAUUAUUAUUUUAAAUUAUAGUAAAAAGAAUUAGACAUAUAAGAAAUAAUUGUAGAAGAACGAAAAUUACUUCAUGUAUUUUAUUUCAGCAAUUAAUUUAAACUCAUGAUCUAGAGGAAGAUAAAAAGUAAUUGCAUUUCGCCAUUAUGAUCAAUAUCAUCCAACGUUUAAAUCUGUUAAUUGUGUGGACCACAACCAAGUAGUCUGCACCUAACAACCUGGUUCAGAACAACAGUCAGCAACUUCAUGGUUUGAUACUACAUUUUCCUUUGGCCUCUCCUAGCUUUCUUUUAACUUCACCAGUUAUCAUUACCUGUCGAGGUAGGAAGUGGUUGGAGUAUAUGUAAUAUGUGUUCCAACCAAGAUCUACAAACAACUUGGUAAUUUCCUUGAUACCCUGCAUUCAAUCUCAUUGUUCUUAUUGCUUCAAAUCUGAAGUCGACAGACUUAUUAAGAUCCAUGAUAGCACUGACCAACUAGUAGAAAAUAAAACUUAUUUACAAAUAGUUCCAGUCUAAUAACUCAAACGAUUUCUCUAUGGAGUAGUGGCUACAUUACUCGCUCUAAUUCAAUGUAAAUAGUAAUAUUAGCUCUCAAACCCAAAUAAACAUAUGACUCGAAGCCGAAUAUAUAUAUAUAUAUAUGCCCGGCAUUAAGUUUAUUCGUUUCAAAUGUGUUCUGCAAUAAAAAAAAUUGUAUGACAGUAUGAAUAAAGUUCAUCAAAUAGCCAGUGGAAAACUAUACUUUUGUCCAUUUCAUCAUGUACACUAUACGCAAACAGAAAGUUUUUAACUGGAUUUUUAAAAAUUGUUUACAUAUACUGUUGUUGCUCCCAAUAUAACAAAUAAGCAUCAAAUCGAAUAUCAGUGCUAAAAAUAUCUCCAUUUGAACAAUAUAUUAUUGUUAUUUGUAGCAUUGUGAAUAUGCAGAUGGCAAUCAGGGUAUCCUAAACAUAUAUUGAAGUGAUAUUAUGUAUGUCAAAGUAUUCUUCUAAACCUCAAACUCUCAUAACUAAACUUGCUAAUAGAAAUUAAUAACUAAACAAUACAGUUCACUUCUGGAACUACUAUGAAAGACAUACAUGUUAACAUGAUUGAAAUAAAUACAUACGAAGAACAAUCAAUCACACAUGUCAAGUCAUUCAUAUUAACAGCUUACAUAUUCAGCG